UUAUUAAAGAGACAAAUCUCAUGUUUUUUUGGUUUUAGAAAGUUUUAUCUGGGCUUAGAAGUCAUAAAAGGUCCAAUGGGAAUAUAAAUCUUUGAUACAAAAUGGGCCCAUUAAGGCCCGAUUGAUGCACACGACAUCGGAAAAAACCUGAUUUUGGGUCAUUUCGGGUAAACGCAAAUCACUUUUUGUUUCCGUCGCCUAACACAUUGCGAACGAUUCUCCUGCUCAUCGCCGUCGUGCUCUCGCUUCGUCGUCUGGUGAUUUAGAUCGAGGUUAAGAAGUAAUGUCAAGAGGAAAAUACAUAGUUGGUGCCCUUGUGGGAUCUGCUGUUGUUGCCUAUGUCUGUGACAAAGUCAUCUCUGAUGAUAAGAUUUUCGGAGGUUCUACACCGGGGACUAUUACUAACAAGGCGUGGGGUGCUGCGACUGAAGAGAGGCUCCAAGCAUGGCCUAGAACCGCUGGUCCUCCCGUUGUGAUGAACCCUAUCAGUCGCCAGAACUUCAUCGUUAAGUCUCGCCCUGAAUAAGUGGGAAUCUUUCUCUCUCAUUUGAUACGGAUUGAUUCAUUUGCUCGCUAUGUUGGCAAUUUUCUUUUGAUUUUGAGGAUCGGGUAUUUUCUCAGUAAUAAUUUGUGGGGGUGUAUGGAUGGAUACAACAUUAUACAGUCCAAUCUUUUCUAGAUGCAUUGCUUUUUUAAGUAGUGUUUGUUGAUUUUGACGAUAAUAUGAAAGUGAGCCAACAAGACUUGAGUU